AUGAGACGUUAUGAAAAUAUCGCAACUAAUUUUCCAGGUGGAUUAUUUACAUGUGUUUAUGAAGUAUCAUUAUUUGAUGAAUAUCCUUUUGAACAAGAAUUUUUUAUUCGAAUUCAGAAAUCAUUUCCAUUUAUGGAACGUUUAGCUAUAAUUAAUCCAAAAGCACAAAAGGAUAAACAAUGUAAAAAAUUAAAAAAUACCAAUCAAGAUUUAUUAAUUAUUGGAUAUUCUCAUCUAAAACGCCUUAUUUUGGAUGAAGCUCAUGAUGAUUAUGUCGAACAAUUUCUACUUGAUACGAAAACAUGUUUACCAUAUGGUGUUAUGCUUCAAUGCGAUUAUAAACCUUUAAAGAAAGUAACAUACAAUUUUAAACGAAAUGCAACCCGAAUUAAUUGUUCAAAAGUGAGAUAUAUAUGUUCAGAUACAAAUCUACGAUUUCCAAAACAUUUCAAAGAUUAUUUUCUUAAUAUUGACGUAUCAUAA